CAAAAUGUCUAUUGAGUCGGGAGAGCUGCAGUUGCCUAAGGAUAAUCUCCUGAGGACAUGCUUUGUUGUUGGUGCUUUUGAACUGGUGCGUUCAUUGUAUUUUUCAUUUAGUUCAGUUUCACUCAUGGUUUUGCACACGAAUUGGUAUACCAUAAUGGCCUUUUUAAGUACAAUAGCUUGGAUUGUAACAGUCGGUGUACUGUUUGUUGCUUUAUUGACAGGUCGACCAACUUUGCUCGUAUUUUGGUUACUAUUUACUGCCUUUGCAACUGCUACGGAUAUUGUUUAUCUAAUAUGGAAUGUUACUUCAUCUCCUAUUUUCGACGCAGAACAUUUUAAGCGCUGGACCAUUUCAUAUUUGGGAAUCUUUUACGAGGUCACUUGUUUAUACUUGGUAUUCAGAUACUUCAAGAGAUUAUAUUCCUACGUCCUUUUGGAGGGUGAUAAUUAUGAUACGACUACUAAAGUUAGAAGCACAGAAGAUUACAUAGAUGAUGAAACUCAAACCCAAUCUCCAAGCUCAAAAUACAGGACUUCUGGAAAGUCUUCUAAAGGAUAAGAAGCCAGUUUGGACCAAAACAACAAAAAGCUUGAUAAUAAUAAUCAUUUAUGUUCGUUUCAUUAUGUUCAAUGUCCACACGCGGCUAAGAAUCCCUUUUGGAGUUACUA